UCUUUAAACUGUGUCUGCUUUACCAAAGCACGAUCAUGAAUUAUUAUGGCCUACUGCUUCUCUUUCACAUCACAUCUUCGGUGCAACAUUCCCUGAGAUAUUUCCUUUCUGCAACCUCUGGAGUCCCAGGCUUUCCAGAGUUCAUCGGUGUUGCAACAGUAAAUGAAGUUCAGGCGGUCUACUGCGACAGCAACAUCAAGACAGCCAAGCCCAGACAAGACUGGAUGAGGGGCCUAAUGGAGGAGGAUCCUGAACACCUGGAGUGGUAUUCUUGGAGGUGUCUUAAAGAGCAACAUAUCUUCAGAGCAAACAUUGUUAACUUUAAGCAAUGCUUAAACCUGACUCAAGGUCCCUACAUUUUACAGAGAAUGAAUGGCUGUGAGUGGGAUGAUGAGACUGGCGAAAUUAAAGGGUAUAAUCAGUAUGGGUUUAAUGGUGAGGACUUCUUAGCCCUGGAUCUGAACACACUGACAUGGACUGCACCUAAAUCGCAAGCAGUGGUCAUAAAACUAACAUGGGAGGGGAAUAAAGCUAAAUUAGAAAGUAAUAAAAACUACUACAACAACGAAUGUCCCGACUGGUUAAAGAAUUAUGUCCAGCAUGGGAGGAGCUUUCUGCAGAGGACAGAAAGCCCGUCUGUAUCUCUGCUCCAGAAGACUCCCUCCUCUGUGGUCAGCUGCCACGCUACAGGUUUCUACCCUGACAGAGCUGAAAUAUUCUGGAGGAAAGACGGAGAGGAGAUUCAUGAAGGUGUGGAAAAAGGAGAGAUCCUGAUGAACAAUGAUGGGACCUUCCAGAUGAGUGCUGAACUCAACAUUUCAUCCAUCCAGCCUGGAGGCUGGAGGAGAUAUGACUGUGUGUUUCAGCUCUCUGGUGCUGGAGAUGACAUAAUAGUCACACUGGAUAAAUCCGUGAUCCGUACAAACUGGGCAUCUUCUCCAGAGAUUCCUGUCGCUGCUGUUGCUGGAGGUGUUGCAGCAUUUCUUCUGGUAGUUGCUGUAUUUGUUGCCGUCUUCCGGUUGGGAAAAUGUAAUAGAUUCCAGCAAGUUGAUGGAUGUGAUGUCAAACAGCCCUUACUGCCCAAAUACGGGCAGUAA